GAAAACUUCCGCUUAAAGACAUGCGUCUUCAACAUAUUGGAAUAAAUUGCAGUCAUUGCAAAGCACUUGCCUGUGCAUUAUGGAAUAACACCUGUAUUGAAAGUAUAGAACUGGAAGACAAUGGUUUAGUUGGUGAAGACUUGGUACCAAUCAUCAAUGUAGUGAGGACCAAUUCAAAUAUUAAAAGCUUGAGUUUAUCAGAAAAUGAAAUACAAGUAGUUGGUGCAAUGGCUCUUGAUGAGAUUUUGCGAGAAACAACGUGUUUGACACAUAUCAAUCUUUCCGGAACAAAGUUGGGCGACAGGGAGAGUGAGUUCAUAGCAGCAGGAUUACAAAAUAAUAACAGUGUAAGAUGGUUGAACCUUAGUCACAAUAUAAUAGGAACUGGUGGUAGUAAGAAACUAGGACGAGCGAUUGGGGACACAACUUCUUUGCAGUCUUUAAACCUUAGUUGGAAUCAUAUAAGAAUGGAAGGGGCAGUUGGUAUACUUAAAGGUUUACAGAAAAAUAAUUCAUUAAUCAAUGUGGACCUAAGUAUGAACGGACUCGGGUUCGAAGGAAGUCUCGCAUUGGAAGAUACUUUACGAGAAAACUCAUGCUUGAAAUAUCUUGAUAUAAGCAAUAACAGAAUAAACUGGGAAGGUGUGUCUUAUGUUGCCAAAGGCCUGAAAAAGAACUCAACACUGCAGAUGCUGAAAAUUGGCAGUAAUCCCAUUAAUAUGGAGGGUUGUUAUGAACUGUUGAAAGCUGUCGCUUCCAGAAAAAGUCAAAUCUUGCAUAUAGCACUAGAUAAUAUCCCCGUGAACGGCGCUGUUUUAACGGUGGCCAAUGACAUAAUGAAGGCCCGACAGUUCUCGAUUACUCAUGGUGGGAUACUUGAUACGAGGGACGUUGUUGGUAUCAGAAAAGUGAAACCAGAGGACCCUAUAACAAUUGUUGUACGGUAUCUAGGAACCGUAGGUAUCCGGAUAAUCGACCUAUUCCGGAUGUUUGACUCCGAUAAUGAUGGCCAGGUCUCAAGGAGGGAGUUCAUCCGCGGACUUAAAAGAGUUGGUGUUCCAUUGUCAGACCGAGACCUGAUAACUGUCGCAUCGAGACUUGAUAAACACAAAAAAGGCUUUAUAAGUUACGGUCUACUAUCAAACGGAGUAAGAAGUCACAUACGUGAGGAACGAAAGGAAGAUAAGCGACAAGAGGUUAAAGAACGAAACAGGCUGGAAGAGCGCAGGCGCAUACUUCAGACGGAACUUCCGGAAAUAUAUAAAAGACGUUAUGAAGACGAUUUGUUUAUGUUCUAUACAUCACAUUCGUCUUCAAACCUAGUGACACCACUUCGAAGCUCUACAAACAGCACUCAUAGCAUGUAUGGAAAACAAUGCUCACUUUUGCCUGCACUUGAGUCUGGAAAGGCAUCUCUUGUUUCUAUUCAUUGUCAGAACGAGGCUCAAAAGACGACAAGAUUUGAAAAUGAACAGACCAAAUCAACAAAUAGUACAAACAAAAUGCAAUCUCCGAAAUCAAUUAAAAGGCAUUCUUUGCAAGCUAACAUGAAGUCUAAUGACAUAUUACGUUAUAUUCAAUCUCAUCUACAACGUAAAAAGACUCAAGCAAGUUUCGACUUGUCUUCGCUCCAAAACAUUGACACAUAGACUAAUUUAAUAUUUAUUAUUUUCGUUGAUAAUGACAUAUCUUUGUGUGUGAAUUUUUUACAAGUAAAUAAAGAUG